UCAGGAAAAAAUGGGAUGGGACAAGUCGGGUCCGACUUUUUCCCAUGGAUUAUCUUUUCUGCCGUGCAAGUCCCCAAUAGGAAAAAAUCCAAGUUCUUCGCGCAAGCCUUCGCCUGCUUCCUCUGUUCAUCUGCCCGAGUCUCCUCCUCUUCGGCCCCUGCAUUCCUCGCCUCUCCGUCUUCCUCAGGAAGCUUUAGAUCGAUGAUGGCAGUAGCGCCCCCGAAUACAAAGCGAUGGAUCAUUCUCUAUCCCGUUUACAUGAAUUCGAAGAAAACGUUAGCAGAGGGACGCCGGAUUUGUACUAGCAAAGCGUGCGAGAACCCGACUUGCGCGGAGAUCGUAGAUUGUUGUGCCCACCUCAAGGUUCCUUGUGUUUUUGAGGUGGACAAGGCAUAUCCACGCGAUUUCAUGCAGGUGGGGAGGGUGAGGGUUUCACUGAAGAAGGAAGAUGGUUCUUUCUAUAAUCCUGAAAUAUGUUCAAGGAAACAAUUAAUGCUUCAAGUGGCUGAGUUAGUCCCUAGACAUCCUGGAAGGAGCAAGAAGCAGGAACCAGCAGCAAGUACGGCUGCAGCAUCUUCUAAGCCCAGCAAGGGUGGCAAGAAGAAGAAAUAGAGAAAAUUCCAAAGCCCGUAGGGUUGCAUCUUUUCCCAGCUCAUUUUCAUCUGAGCAGUCAUUGGGUUCAUACUGAGGGUCUCUCCUUGUUUUCCCUAAGGAGGCAUUGUAAUCCUAACCAGAAUAUCAAAGACUAUGGGAACAGAAGUUUAAUAGGAGUUAUUGCCAUUCUUGUUGACAUUCGGGUUGUUUUGGUAACUCAUUGAAACGACUUGUACAUUUCAUCACCCAAGUUACUCAUGCUAUUCCAAACAUUUACAUUCUUGAAAGUUGAAACGGCUUGUACAUUUCAUCAUCUCA